UUCUGUCACUUGGAUAAAUUAGAAAUGAAAAUAGCGCCAAAUGGAGGAGAAUCGAGUCUUUUCUGCUUUCUACCAUGGUUCACUUGAUUGAGUUAAUUAAUCAUAUGUCUUUAGGGUAAAUAGCAUACAAAACUGAAUUUCAGAAUUGAACAGAUAUGUGGCAUUAAAGUUGCACAGCAGCACAACAAUUAUUCAAAUACAACACAUUGGACUGUACAGCCGCUGCAGAAGCGGAGCAGUUACCACGCAAUUGAGCAGCCGACACACAGAAGAAUUCAGAAAUGACAGGUGGACACAAAUUUAAUUCCUCUUGUUUCACUAAAUUUAAUAACCACAGAAAACAUUCCCCAUCACUUAUACAAAAAUAAGCCCUUAACUCAUCCGCCAGCAGACAGGUUUAGAAACAUCAAGGCAGAACGGGUUCCUGUGAGCUCUGUGAGGCAGGUGGGACGCGAGACAGGGGGCAGAGGCCCAGUCGCACUGCAGCAGGAGAGAGGUUCCAGGCUUGGCGCAGGGCCUGCUGUGCAGGUGGCCAGGAAAGGUCUAUAUUUCAGAACACUCUUUUUUGUUCUCUUUUAAGAGCUUGGCGAUGGCCUUGUUUCUGAGGCCUGACGCUGUGAAUUCUACCCCCUUUGUUCAGCAGAGACAGACGACAGAGCUGUGGUGACAGCACAGUGACAACAUGAUUCUGCCUCCCAGCCCCACUGAGGACAGGCAGGCUGACAGGCUGACAGGAUUGCUGUGCUGCCACUGCAAGGGGGCGCCCUGUCCCAGCCCAGAGCAAACGAGCACUGAUCUGGCUCCUGAGCACUCUGGGCUCUGCUCCUGCCUCUGAGCUCAAUGCGAUCUAGGCAACCCACCCAAAAUGCCCCAGAAAUACAAAAGGGUGGGAGCUGUUUCUGUCUGAGAUUGUCCUUGAAUUGAUAAUGGUCAGUGACGCCUCAGUCUGCUCCUUCUCCAAUCUUCUUUCUCUUGGCCUCAUGUCGAGGUGGGUUCCUCUUCUGCUUCAGGCGACUGCCUGUCCGGGGGGAGUGAUCCAGCAGGGCUCAGUCAGGCCUCCACAGGAUGUGUUCACUGCACCUGCGAGAGCGACCCUUAACUGGCCCUGCUGAGCGAUGGGCUGUGACCAGAGGAAAGUAAAGGUUAGCGACAGUCUUGGAAUAAGGGCAAGAGGCAUCUAUUAACCCAGAGAGCACUUCUGGCAGAGGGUGAAGAGCUGGCUUUCCCCAGGCCUUUGUGUGAAUGUCUUGUUGAACGAACAUGCGUCUUCUCUUGCACAUUGUUUCCUGCUUCAAUCGCUCUUUUAACUUGAUCGUUACUUGAUAAGCACUCGUGUGGAGAGCACACUGCUGACGAGAGACAGCCUUUCCUCACCCAGGCGUGUCCCGUGUGUCCAGAGAUGGCCGCAGGCAGGCCUUCAGCACUCAAUGCGUCUUGUCUCCUCUCACACGUUGCUGGCCUGUGCCGAAGCUCGUGAUGGAAGAAUGCAGGUGAAAGUCUUGUGGCUGUUGAAGGAGCAUUGCUGAGGGACAGGAAAGGGACUCCUGGAGAAGCUGAGGAGAGGCAGGGCUGAUCUCUCUGCAGCCCAGAGGAGAGAGCUCCUGGAGGCUGGGGGGAAGCAGAGUUCCAGAUUCUGCCGGCCUGCAGAACCUGCGGAAGGAGAAAUCGCGGAACGCGGCCCGCUCGCGGCGAGGGAAGGAGAACUUUGAGUUUUUCGAGCUGGCGAAGAUGCUGCCCCUGCCCGGUGCCAUCACCAGCCAGCUGGACAAAGCCUCCGUCAUCCGCCUCACCAUCAGCUACCUGCGCAUGAGGGACUUCUCCAGCCAGGGAGACCCGCCGUGGAGCCCCCUACAGGAGAGAGGGCCACACAACAAGGCUGUGGGAAGGACAAUGAGCUCAGUGGCCACUGAUGUCUUUGAGCAGCACCUGGGAGGACACCUGCUGCAGUCCCUGGAUGGCUUUGUGUUUGUGGUCAGUCACGAUGGCCGGUUCCUCUACAUCUCUGAGACAGUGUCCAUCUACCUGGGCCUCUCGCAGGUGGAGCUGACCGGCAGCAGCGUGUUCGACUACAUCCACCCCGCUGACCAUGUGGAGAUGGCCGAGAGACUGGGCAUGAGGCCGCACCUCCAAGGCGGGGCUGAUUCACACGCUGCCAAUGAGAGCGCAUCCAGUUCAGCAUCUACCUCCUCAUUGGCCGAGGCCCCAGAGCCAGAGGAGACCCUCAGUCCUCUGUGCCCAGAGCCCGAUCCCCUCGAGAGAAGCUUCUUCAUCCGCAUGAAGUCCACCCUCACUAAGCGCGGGCUUCACGUCAAGUCUUCAGGGUACAAGGUGAUCCACGUGACGGGGCGGCUCCACAGUAGGCCCGGCUCCUCCUCUCCGCGCACUCUGGGUCUGGUGGCCCUGGCUCACACGCUGCCGCCCUCCACGUUGAGCGAGGUGCGCAUGGAGAGUCACAUGUUUGUCUUCCGGGUCAACCUGGACCUGCAGGUCACCUACUGUGAGAACAGGAUCUCAGACUACAUGGACCUGAGUCCUGCGGAGGUGAUUGGACACAGCUGCUACCGGUUUGUCCACGUGCAGGACCUGGAUCGCCUCCGGCAGAGUCAUGAGGAUUUGCUGCGGAAGGGACAGGUGGUGACUGGGUAUUACCGGUGGCUUCAGCGUCGUGGUGGCUUCCUGUGGGUCCAGUCCUGCGCCACUGUGUCCAUCAACAUGAAGACGCCCCACGACCGAAACAUCAUCUGGGUCAACUAUGUCCUGAGCCGAGCGGAGCUCCCAGACACCCCCCUUGACAUCCAGCAGCUGCCCGAGAGGCUGAGGCCAGAGAGAACGACCCCCCGGCAGCAUCCCAAAGGAUCCCCUUCGCUCCAGCGGCCAGACUGCAGUGGCUCCGGGUCCGAGGCAAGGGAGACGUUCCUGUCAGACAGCCCGUCGGACGAAAGGAGGAAGAGGAGCCGGCGACACGCCUCUGGAGAACGGCCCCCAGAAGCGAGGAAGAUGCAGCCGGACUUGUCUAGUGUGGAAAGUGACGCUGAGGAUGAUGUCCGGAGAGACUACAAGCGGCUCAAAGCUGAGGAAGGACAGUGUCCAGGAACGGGCGAGGAAGAGGAGGCAGGGCUGCCAAAGGGGUGCGUGGCCACCCGGCAGCCGAACGGCACAAGCCCUCCUCGCAUCAAGACCGAGCGGGAGCCCCUGGCUGGGCCUCGGAGCCGCUCCCCAGCCCCCUCGCGGCCCUCACCGCCGGCAGGGCCUGCUGACAGGGGCUGCCCCCCGACCGGCGCCCUGUCCCCUGAGACCCCACCCCGGAGCCUCUUCACGCCUGCUUCCCCCGCCCUGUGCCCCCCGCCCGGGCCCGGCCGAGACCAGGAGGCUCUGCACAGACUGGCGCUGCCCCCCGCCCUCGGGGCGCAGGGCCCCCAGAGCCUGUUCGCCCCCAGCACCAUCCGCUACGCCCCUGCCGAGGGGGUCGGCCUGGGGGCUCCCGCCCACCUCAAGGCGCCCCCCUCCCUCUUCCCUCUGCCCCCCUUCAGCAGCGGUUUCGGGGCACCUUGCUCCCCGUUCCCCCCCAUCCUGCCCUUCUGCGUCAAUGGGCUCCGAGGCACCGCUGCCAGGAAGGAGGAGGACUGAGCGGAGGAGGGCAGCGGGAGUGGUGCCCACAACGUGCCCUGGCCUGGCGGCGGUGUGGACACACGGGCUCCGGCCCGGACAGCGCUGCGAUUGUUGGUUGUCCUGCGAGUGUGACGCCUGGUGCGGGGUCAGCCCCAGUGGGACUGUCCUGGGGUGUUGACCGAGUGCAGCCAGACUGAGGGUGUCCUUGAGGCAUUCCCAGGAGAGCCGUGCAGCCGCGCUCUCGGGCUCAAGUGUGUGUCGAUGGAGUCUGGUGCCAAUAAAGGAUGUUCUGUUUUGAGUCUGGGUCGGUGUCCUGCAGUCUCUCUUGGCAAGUGUGUCGGCGGGGGUGACCAGCGGCCGCCUGUGGGGCUCCUGUCUGCACACCUCCGCCUGAAGGCCUGGCCACGCUCUGA